UGCCACUGAGCCGGGUACAGCAGACAGACACAGAGAAGGGCUGGGGGAAGGAGGAAGACUCCUCAUGACGCCGGGUUUUACCGGGAACUGAAAAAACCAUCUACCUGUUUUGGAAGGAGAAUUUUACGAGAACAGAAUGCUUCGUGUUUGGAUGCUGAUGGCGGCGGUGCAGGUGGUGGUUGUUGGUGGAGAGGCCGAGCAAUCGUUGUCAAGCAAGCAGGGGUCGUUGCCAUGCACGAGGGGGUUUACACAGGAGGAAUACAUCAUCGAGAUGGAACCAGAGCUGGCGAAGGGACAGGCUGUCUGCAACGUGAGCUUCCAGGUCUGCGGCGGGGGGAAAGUCUGGUUCCAGGUUGGAGAUAAACAUGAUUUCAGUGUGAAUGAGGACGGCGGGGUCUACGCCCUGCAUCACCUAAACCUGCUGGGAAAGGAGAAGGCUGUGCUGGUCUACGCCCAUGACCUGCAGACUAAACAGGUCUGGAAGGCCAGAAUUCAUCUUCAUGUUCAUCCGAGCAACAGCACUCGAACUGAGGUAAAGCCCAGUGAUGCAACACUGACUCAGCAGGUACCAGAGAUCUUGUUUCCAUGGCGCAGCGUGGUUGUCAGAGGCGAUGGUACUCUGAGGCGGGUGAAGAGGGACUGGGUCAUUCCGCCUAUCAAUGUUCCUGAGAACUCACGAGGACAGUUCCCUGAGGACCUAGUCAGAAUCCGCUCAGACCGGGAUAAGAACCGAAUGCUGCGCUACAGUGUGACAGGACCUGGGGCUGACCAGCCUCCCACUGGGAUCUUCAUCAUUAACCCCAUAUCAGGCCAGCUGUCGGUCACCAAGCCUCUGGACAGAGAGCACAUCUCCAAUUUCCACUUGCGAGCCCACGCAGUGGACCUGAAUGGGAAUCAGGUGGAGAACCCCAUCGACAUCGUCAUUAAUGUCAUCGACCAGAAUGACAACAGACCAGAGUUCACUCACAGCAUCUUUAAUGGCUCCGUCCCCGAGGGAUCCAAGCCUGGAUCCUUCGUGAUGACGGUGACAGCAGUGGACAAGGAUGAUCCAAAAACUGCCAACGGGAUGCUGAGAUAUAAAAUCCUUUCCCAGAAUCCCCAGAGCCCCUCCUCCAACAUGUUUACCAUUAACAACAAGACUGGUGACAUCAUCACUGUGGCGGCAGGCCUUGAUCGGGAGAAAGUCACGCAGUACACCCUGAUCAUCCAGGCCACGGACAUGGAGGGGAACCCCACCUACGGCCUUUCCAACACUGCCACCACCGUCAUCAGGAUCACUGAUGUCAAUGACAAUGCUCCAGAGUUCACCACAGAGACAUUCUUCGGGGAGGUUCACGAGAACAGGGUGAACGUGAUCGUCGCCAACCUGACCGUGACAGACAAAGACCAGCCUCACACUCCGGCCUGGAGCGCCGUGUACCGCAUCAUCGCCGGGGACCCCACGGGACGCUUCUCCAUCCCCACCGACCCCACCACCAACGAGGGCCUCCUCACUGUGGUCAAGCCCAUAGAUUACGAGAGCACCCGUGCCUUCAUGCUGACUGUGGAAGCGGAGAACGAGGUCACGCUGGUCCGCGGCAUCCACUUGCCUCGUCAGUCCACGGCAACCGUCUCCGUACGAAUCCUGGAUCUGAACGAAAGCCCGGAGUUUCGCCCAAACCCAAAAUCCAUGAGGCUGGAGGAGGGUCUGUCGGCCGGGUCCAUGCUCACCACUUUCACUGCGCAGGACCCCGACCGCUACAUGAGACAAACUAUCAAGUACUCCAAGAUGUAUGACCCUGCCAACUGGCUGGAGAUUAACCCGGCUAACGGACAGAUUUCCACCAUUGCCAUUCUUGACCGAGAGUCUCCAUAUAUCAAGAACAACCACUACAACGUUACCUUCAUGGCAUCUGAUAACGGUACCCCCCCUGCCAGUGGGACAGGCACCCUUCAGAUUUACCUGACUGACAUAAAUGACAACGCGCCUCAUGUGUUCCCGCCUGAGGUGGAAAUGUGUGAGAGGCCGGAGCCCAAUGCUCUCAACCUCACAGCCAGCGACCCCGACCUGAGCCCCAAUGCUGGACCCUUCGCCUUCGAGCUGGCCAAUCGUCCCUCGGAUGUACGUCGCAACUGGACUCUCCAUCGCCUCAACGGUGAGCAUGCCCAGCUUCGACUGCGGAUAGGUUUCCUGGCCAGUGGGCUCUAUGAGGUCCCCAUCACAAUAACAGACUCUGGCAACUUGCCCAUGUCCAACACAUCCUACCUGAGGGUCAAGGUGUGUCAGUGUGAUCACCAUGGAGACUGUGUGGACAUGGAGCGAAUCAUCGCAGCUGGACUGGGCACCGGAGCGAUCAUCGCCAUCCUCAUCUGCAUCAUCAUCCUGUUAGUGUUGGUGCUGCUGUUUGUGAUGUGGAUGAAGAGGAGGGAUAAGGAACGUCAGGCCAAGCAGCUCCUCAUCGACCCGGAGGACGACGUACGGGACAACAUCCUGAAAUAUGACGAGGAGGGAGGUGGAGAGGAGGACCAGGACUACGACCUGAGCCAGCUGCAGCAGCCUGAUGCCCUGGAGCCAGAGUGCGUCAAAGUGGGGAUCAGACGUCUGGAUGAGAGGCCCCUCCACCAUGACCACCAGUACCCGCUCCGCUCCGCAGCCCCCCACCCAGGAGACAUAGGCGACUUCAUCCAUGAGGGUCUGAAGGCAGCAGACAACGACCCCACCGCUCCUCCCUAUGACUCCCUGCUGGUGUUUGACUAUGAAGGCAGCGGCUCCACCGCCGGCUCCCUCAGCUCCCUGCACUCCUCCUCGAGCUGCGGAGACCAGGAUUACGACUACCUGGGCGACUGGGGGCCACGCUUCCGCAAGCUGGCCGACCUGUACGGCGGAGGGGAUGAUUAGCACUCCCCACUAACAACGGCCACUCUGCCCCCCACCCUUGCUUCGGAGCUCAGGUGGUGGGUGGGGUAAAGAAAGAUGAAAUUGGGUAAACACGGGGUUUGGAUCUGCACUUCUGUAUUUCUGCGGGACAGCUUGUAAAGAGACUUGCUGCCUCUUAAGGACAGUUUGAUGGCACUAGGGGCCAUGCUGACUGCUGGCCUAGCAAGGCCUGGCACUGGCUAGCAUUCAGGCUAACUGACAUGAUCUGGGCGUUAGCCUCUGUGCUAACAAACGCGAGCAGCCAGAACAAUGCUCUCAGAGAGGAUGUUGUCUUUGUGAUGGUCGAGAGCUUCGACAGCCAUGCUACAGACGCUCAUUUACACUUGAAUCUUACAGUACAGCAGCACUGGGGUCAAAUGUGCCUUUUGUACAUUCUUUUGAUUGUGUUCAGUCUUGAUUCUGUUUGUUGCUUUAAAUUUCCCGGUGUUUUGCAGCAGCAACUGGAGGAGCACUGCGCCAUGUUAAUGAGUGUGUGUGCGUAUGUUUGAGUUCCACCUCAUAACGUGUAUGUGUGUGUGUGUGUGUGUGCGAGCAAGUGUAAACCAUUUCCACAGAGACACACUGGAUGGAUACUCUAAAGGGCAAAGCCUACUAUGAGAUGCCUUGGAUGAUCCUACCAGCAAAAACAUGGCUUCAGUGUGCAGCUCUGGGUUUGACACGGCCUACAGUAUCAAACGUCUACACUUGGAUUUGAUGCGACACAUUGUACUUACAGUCGCAGCUGUGUGUGUUGCUUGGUGGCAGUGGUUACUUGAAGCACAUUUUCACAGUGCUCUAGUAUUAAUGUGACUGUCUGCAUCAACAAACCUGGACAAGCUCAGAGGUUUUCAUUUUCUCAAUGCUUCUUCGCGCGCCGCGAAUUCUGAUCAUUCAGUAUCCGUCCUGGUCUUUGAGUAAAUGGCUACACAGAAGCGUUGCCUCGUCUGGCUUUCACUCUUGGAUGGUCGAGAACAUUUAGUUGGCCAAAAUGAGUUUAAACAACUGUUUCUGAAUCUGUGAGGUUUGUGCAAACACACGAUGUUGUUUGUGGUGCAGUUAAACUGUUGUGGUUAUGUCCUUGCUGUGCGUUCACAAAAGGGAAUUCAGAAUGGGAUGCAGUUUAGCUUGUUUGCAGGAUAACAAAACACUGAAGCAAAGCAGUGAAAAACAAGUAGAUAAAAUAUAAUUUCCAUCUGGGUGUUUGUGCAGAUGAAAGCAAAAAAAAAAGAAAGAAAAACGGCAACAAAGCAUCGAGGCCACAAACAAAGGAGCUGGAAUCUGAAAACAUUUCAAGCGUUUUUGUUUGCUGAGCCGCUGUUAGAGGAAGUGACAGAUCAAAUUAAAAUUCCCAUCAUAAAAGAAAUGGAUUGGGUAAUGAAAUAUUUAAUGAAUAUGACAGAGAUGGCAGCAGUGGGGCUGUGUCUGGGCUGAGCAGACACACUCUGGAUGGAGCUUUUAUUUACAGGUGAGCAUCUAUGUUUGAUGAUCAGGUUGUGGACAGAAUAUAAAGUGACUGCUGACUGAUGUUCAGCCUUGACAGGUUUUUGGUUAAGCAUGGAAAUGCAUAGUUGUACAAAAGGAAAUGUUAAGGUACAGGAAACCUAAUGGUAACGUGGACAACAGCAACAUGGCAGUGUGUCUCAAUUAUUAUCCAACCAACCUUUGCCAUCUUGUAUUUUAGCAGGUCUGUGCAGAACUACAGAGACACAAAGCAAACACAUUAGGAGCUGCUCAGCAUUCAGGACACAAACAAAGUCAACAGGUUGUUUGUGUCCCACAGAAGCUGAACCAGUAACGUGUGUCACCUCCCAUUACUCUGUUUUUCAUAACAACCAACAGAAGAAAGAGGACAGUAACAUGAUCAGAGCUCCUGUGGUUUCACUCGGCUUCCUCCAGCCUGCUCCUGUUUGUCCUCUCUCUGUUUAAGAGCAGAGUGAAUCCUGCCCACUAAUGUAAACCUGCUGCUGAAAGUUCAAAAACUUUCAGACACGUAUUAGUUUCUGUUCACGCCACACGGCACAAAUUUGCAUCAGCUGCAUGGAUUUUGCUUCACACUCAGUACUAAUCGGACUUCACAGUUCACUGCUCGAAGACAGACUGCAAGAUUGCGCCUCUUUUACAGCAUCUGUUUUUCAAAGUACUCGCAGUCCAUAGUUCAGGCCGCUCAGCUGAUCUCAGUGCCAGCCUACAUCAGCUGAUGGCUCAGUUCAUCAGUAAAUGUGUGCUUGAAGCUGUAGCAGCCUUCUCAUAGUCUCUUUGCUUCUGCAAGCUACUUUGCAGCCCGCCCCAUCAGUGUUAUCAGUGAAACAACAAAAGGGUCACAGAACAAAUCCAGAAUAAAAUCUGUGCAAAAGGAAUUAAUCUUCUUUGAACGUUAAUGGAUCCAAGUGAUUCAUAAUGUUCUUAAUCACUUGGGGUUGCAGGAACAGCUGGAGCUUUUCCCAGCUGUCAUAGGGAUAGAGGUGGGAUAGAUCUCCUGGACAUGUCACCAGCCUCACUCAGUCUCAUAUUCAAAUAAUUUACUAAUGACCAAAUAACCUAACCUGGCUGAUUUUUAAUUCUUACUGCAAAAGCAUGCACACUUCAUACAGAAACCCUCAGCUUAUUUGAAUAUGUGCAUUUCUCUCUGCGCUCUGUUACUCACCCACUUUGCUUUCAGGCUUUUUAGACAAUGAAAAUGAUUUUGUGUGACAGCACACAGGAGUCGCUCCAUCCGGUGACAUCGGUCAUUGGUGAUCGACGUCCCCGGGCCCUUUUCUGAUUUCACUCAUCAGGACUAGUUUUUGCCCCUGAGGCUGAGCCAUCAUAAACUGCUCCAGGGAUUCACCAAACUAAACAUUUUUAAAGGGCUUCGAUGAAGUUGCCUGUUAGCGACAUGAACAACCAAAACUGCGUAGCCGUGGACAUCAGUGUCUCACUUCUAAACUUUAAUAAAAGGUCCUUUUUUAUGCUUUUUGAAUCCGAUUUCCAGUGUUAUCAGAUAAUUGGAAGUAAACAGUUUCCUGCACCUGUAAAAUUGAGUUCAGGGCGCACCACGCUCACACCGAUGUGGCGUCUUGGUGAAGCUGUACGAGUAACAUUGUUCCUCUGACAGUGAUGUUGUUUGAAACAAAGGUUGGUGAGACCCAGAGCUGCACAGAGGAGCUGGGUAUUUUUGCAGGUUUGAUUUUCCAAAGCUGGUGAGAAGACGUGUACAGUAAUGCUAGACUUUAGAUAGAUACCUUCUGUUGUUUUUUGUUUUGCUUUUAUCACGAUGUAACGUAUGCAGCUGAUUGCUAAUAAAGGGAGUCAUCAGUCCUUGUUUUGUAGCAAAGAUACUUCUUGAUACUCUGCUGUGGUGGAUUAAAUACAAAAGGCAAUGUUUUCUUCUGUCUGCUGAUGAUUUGCCUUAGUGUUCUCUGGUACUCUUCAACUGGCUACUCACUGUAAACUGAAACAUGUACAGAUUGUAUUUUUUCUCUUGUUGUUCUUUUGGCUGUGGUCUCUGAAAAUGACAUGCUAAUAUCUUGAAUCCUUGUAUAUGUGUAAUUUGGAUUACAAAUUAAAACGUUUUUGCAUG